AUGUCGGGCAACGAUACUUACCAGACGCCGCUAGCUUCGCGCUAUGCUAGCACGGAAAUGAAGACUAUCUUCUCUGCAAGAACUCGGGCUUCAACAUGGAGACAAUUAUGGGUCUGGCUCGCAGAAGCAGAGAAGGAGCUGGGGCUAAACAUCUCCGAUGAAGCCAUCUCCCAAAUGAAAGCCCAUAUUACCAUGACUGAUAAUGACUUCGAGGUUGCUGCUGUCGAGGAGAAGAAGCGUCGACAUGAUGUUAUGGCACACGUCCAUGCCUUUGGCCAAGUUGCUCCUGCUGCUGCUGGAAUUAUUCAUUGGGGAGCAACUUCUUGUUACUGUACCGAUAAUGCAGAUCUCAUCUUCCUCCGUGACGGGCUGGAUCUCCUACUUCCCAAAUUGGCUGUCAUAAUCCACAAGUUAGCAAACUUCGCUAUCGAGUAUAAGGAUAUGCCAACACUUGGCUAUACCCACUACCAAUCAGCUCAAUUGGUCACGGUUGGACGUAGAGCAGCUCAGUGGACUCAAGACCUGCUCAUGGACCUCCAGGAUAUCACCAAAGUUCGCGAAGACUUGCGUUACCGCGGUGCACAGGGUACAACAGGCACUCAGGCAUCAUUCAUGGAGAUCUUCCAAGGUGACAGUAAGAAAGUCGACAAACUCAAUGAUCUCCUCGUGGAGAAGGCCGGUUUCCCUUCCUGUUACCCGAUUUCAACUCAAACGUAUUCCCGAAAGGUCGAUCUCCGAGUCGCCAAUGCCCUUUCUGCCUUUGGUGCAACAGUUCAGAGAAUCACCGGUGAUAUCAGACAUCUGGCAGCCCAGAAGGAGCUAGAGGAGCCGUUUGAAAAAGAUCAAAUUGGAAGCAGCGCUAUGGCCUACAAAAGGAAUCCAAUGCGCAGUGAGCGAAUCGCUGGACUCGGACGUCACUUGGCAAACCUGAACAAGGACGCAUCAGACACUUAUGCCCAACAGUGGUUUGAGAGAACUUUGGACGACUCUGCCAUUCGAAGAAUCUACAUCCCCGAGUUAUUCUUAAGCGCUGAUGCCAUCUGCAUGACUCUCGAUAAUGUCGUGUCCGGUCUUGUCGUCUACCCGAAGAGAAUCCAUAGUCAUAUCAUGGAGGAGCUUCCAUUCCAAGCAACCGAGAUUAUUAUCAUGAGGCUUGUCGCUCUCGGUAAAUCAAGACAAGAUGCCCAUGAGGAGAUCCGGGUUUUGAGCCACCAAGCGAGUGCUGUUGUGAAGCUGGAAGGCGGAAAGAACGAUUUGAUCCAAAGAAUCAAGCAGACCGAAUUCUUCAAGCCUAUCUGGGGAGACCUCGAUGAUCUCCUGGAUCCAAUGAAGUUUAUUGGAAGAUGCCCAGAGCAGGUUAUGAACUUUUGCGGAGAGGGUGGAGAGGUGCAAGAAGCGUUAAAGCCGUACAAGAAGUUCAUUGAGGGGAGCCAAGAUGUUGAGUUGACUGUUUAA